CAUAAAAACACGCAGUGUAGAUGUAGUUGAGCUUCUAAUAGCUUCGUUCAAUAUGAUGCAUUUCCAUUUCCAUUUUUAGCUGGAAUCUUUACAGAUUGUGCUUCGUUCAUCUCGUUUCUUCAGCCACUAUGUCAGGUACCCUGAUCAUGAGCUCGGGCGCAGGUCCGCCGGCGCUACAGCAUCAAGCCGGUCACCACCCCGCAGGAGCCGCCGACGUCAACAGUCAUCACGAGAAUCUGGAUCAUUUUGACGCUCUCGCGGCGGAAGAUUUUGACCCUAUCGCGUUCCUGAACAAGCAGUUCCCCUCGGAGAAGUCCCUGCAGCACGUGGACAAGGUGAUGCAACAGCUGGACAAGAUUGCGGCGACCAUCGAUACGGAGCUCCGGCACGCGGUACACGAGCAGGCACGCACGGGGUUCCGCGCCAAGGAGGACCUGGAGCAGGCUAAGACGGCGAUGGGCGACCUGAUCACGCGGGUGAAGAACGUGCAGUCCAAAGCCCAGCAGUCCGAGUCGCUGGUGUUGGAAUUCUGUCGGAACAUCAAGUUCCUCGACCUGGCGAAGAAGAACUUGACCAACACGGUGACCGGAUUCAAGAGGUUUGUCAUGCUCGUGUCCGCUCUCGAGCAGCUGCGCCGGCUUGCCGCGGAACGCGAGUACAAGAAAGCCGCCCAGUUGCUUCACGCUUGCGAGGAGCUUGCGCAGCACUUUCAGGGCUUGAGCAAGGUGGUGCAGAAAGUGCACGACCUCUUGCGACAAAAGGACUCACUACUGGCGGAUCUGCGGGCGCAGAUCUUUGAGGACUACGACGCGCUACUGGACCCAACCGACGUGGAUCUACGUCGCGAGGACAUCAAAGCCGCAGCGCACUGUGUGAAUGCCAUGCCCACAAAGACUGUACGCCACGAGAUUGUCACAAGAUUUUGCCUGCGGAUUUUGGAGGACUACAAAAAAAUCUUCUCGCCCUCGCAGAGUCAGACGGCUCUUGGGGUUGGCGCGCCCGGUCAACCAGGGGGGGCCGGUGGACCGGGCGGUCAAGCCUCGCAGCAGGAGGAAUACUCGGGCCUGGAGCACGUGGAGCGCCGCUAUGCAUGGCUCCGCCGCACACUGAAGGAAUUCGACGACAAGUAUCUCGAGUUCUUCCCUUCUUUCUGGGGCGUACCGUGCUCGCUGUGCGAGCAUUUUUGCCACAUCACAAGACAACACUUGGUGGAGGUGCUCGGCGCUACGCACCACACAGCUGAUCCGGAGCUCCUGGUGCGGGUGUUGCGAAAAAGCAUAGAGUUUGAGAACGACCUUGCGAAAAAGUUUGCGGCGUCGGCAGAUAAGGACGGUAAUAACAGGGAGAGGCAGCUGCAAGCAAGAAGUCCGGGCGGAGAGGUAGGAAUCGCAUGUAAUAGAUAUUUCUGCUCUUAUUUAUUCAACAGGAUGCCGGGCGGGUAUCCCCGACAAAUUGCGCCGAACAUAAACAAAAGAUACUGUACGGAAAUAUGUCAGAAAAAUCUUACAAACAGAAACCCGUGCGGCACAUCUCGGAGUUCGUGACAGAAUCCGACCCGGGAGCAGAUGCGGAUCGGGCCGAUCCAAGCCGGGAGCUGCCGAUGGCCUUCGUGAAGUACGGAUUCAGUCCGACGAAGAGGGCACAGCAGGCGUCACCAGAGGACAGUAGCCACCUCCCCCGCUUCCGCGGCAUCGUGUCCGAGUGCUUCGAAGCGUACCUGGGCACGUGGGUAAACUACGAGGCCAGCAACUUGAAAGCCCUGAUUCCAGAGCAGGAAGACAUGCCCCAAGUCGAAACGGGAACGACGGGACCCGCCAGCGCAGAAGAGGAUGACGACCUCGGGGACGACGACUCACGCUACGUAUCCAUUGUUGCAAUAGUGCCGCUGCUGAUGAUGAUGUUGUUUGCGACGUUAUUUUCCCCAACAUGCCCUCCCCUGAAUAACAAUAAAUCCAUCAGGUUUUCCCCUCCGCGCCUGCCCUGUUCGACGCGAUGCGGCGGGUGAUGAUGAAGUGUGUCUCCUUCAGUAUCGACCAGACCUUGUUCGAGAUUUUUCUGGUGUUUAAGCAGACCGCGAACCUGUACUGCUCGACAAUUCACAACCGCGUGAAGAGAAUGACGGUGGGCUCGGGCUACGUGAUCUCCGACGAGGACCUCAAGAUUGCGUGCGCCUGCAUUGGCACGUUGGAAUACGUGGAUCAGAUGCUGCCCCAACUGUCCGACAUUGUCCGGCAACACCUCACCUCAGGAACAAGCACAUCGAGCCAGUACCAGAAUAAGAUCGACUUCGAUUCCGAACAAGAAACGCUGGGCGCGAUCACCGCGUCCAUUUACGCAGACGUGCUGGUGAACUACCCUCGGAUGAGUACCCUGCUCGCCCGCCUCAGCGCCACCAUGAUGAGCCACUACGCUCAAAAGUUUUCAAAACGCGGGGCUGGUGGUGCAACAGCGCAGGGAGGAUCAGGUGGGGACAUUACGACCGCGUUGGGACAGCACCAGCAGCCACCGUCCGCUGUUGCGUCCUCCAGCGCUGCCUCGUCGUCCGCUGCAGCAGCUAAUUCCAGUAGUUCCAGUGGCUCAGCAUCAACAUCUGCGCCGACCGUCUCGCCCUUUGUUGCGGAAAUUGAGGACAUUUUCACAUCGCACUGCUCCCUGACCAGCGGGUACUUGUCCAAGUUACACUACAGGUUUUUCUGCGACAAGCACGCGCAGUGGUUCAUUCCGCGCUUCACCCACGAGAUUUACAAGUGCCGCGGGGUGUCGAAGCAGGUGGCGCGGCAAUUUCUCAUGGACGCGGUUGCCAUCAAGAACGUGCUGCUACAGGUACCCGCCGGAGCGCUGCGUGCGCGCUCCGGGGGUGCAUCAUCGCAAAUCAGCAUGCCUACGGCCUACAGCAAUUUCGUUUUGCGGGAGUUUGGUCGCGUGGAGUUCAUCUUCAAAGUGUUGUCCGAGGAGGAAGAGGCCGUGCAUCGAUUGAACCACGGCGUGGACGUAACACAAAAGGAAAUCGACCAGAUUCUGAUGCUCAAAGAGGGCGCAGCCAUGGACGAUGAGAUGUUCAAUCCGGUAGAUGGCGGCGAUCUGUUGGGCGGGGGCAGUGUCGACCCCGCUGCGCGAAACAACCCGUUUAACUUUGUGCAGUCCACAUUGCCAAACGUGAAUCCCUCGAUGAAACAGUUUGCCAGCGACGCACGAAAGCAAGCUGACACCAUGAAGCAGCUCGCUGCCGACGCACGGAAAAAACUCUUCGGAAACAUCAAGUUUUGAUGAGAGCUUAGUUUUUGAAUGAAACAUUUUGCGGCAUGUUACUGCUUAAAUUUGCCCUCCUGUGAAGCUGAAGGCAAGUCCUGCUUGCUUUCUACAUUCGGAAUGCGAUGCACGCCAGAUUGAAUAGUUGUCUCUUCUAU